UCAUUUUCCCUGUGCAGGGGCGGUGUUACGAGAUGAAAGAGGUGGAUUGAUAGAGCAACCAUAAUGGCAUGAAUACAGUAAGUCUGUAGAGCUUAACUUCUGUUAAAUCUUAGGAAGUAGUGAAUAAUUUUGUUUCAGAGGCCAUGGAAGGCUCGGAGUCGUCUGAAGCAAGCUGUAACAGCAAAAACAAUGGCAGAAAUAGUUAUCUGGGGUUAAACAGGCUCCAAUCUGGGAAGAUCAGUAAGGUGGUGAAACGCAGCAUAAUUCAGCCGCCCAAGCAGCAGGCGCCUCUCUACACCAUUGAUAAGGAUGAUUUUCGCAGCAUCGUCCAGCGGCUCACUGGCUCCCCUGCUGCGCCACAACCGCCUCCUGUAGCUCCGCCUCCGCCUCCAAAUCCAAAUCCGCCCCCAAAUCCUGCCCCACCUCGGCUGCAGAGACCAAAGCCGCCUCCGCUCCAGUCUGUAUUUUCCUUCAACAAGCUCGUCUCAAAUCCCAAUCUUGCAGCCAUGAACGCCGUCUCCUCCUCAUCUUCGCAACCGAAACAGCAAAAUAUUGUCGCUCCGGCAACCAUUAGCACCGCCGCAUGUACUCCUAAUUUUGCCGCUGUUGGGGUUUCAGCGGCCAUGCCUUUGCCUUUUAUCCAAAGUUGUUGUUCAUCUGGUCUCUCUUUGCCGAUUUAUUCCUCCUUUCAGUCGCUAGCGCCUUCCAGAGGUGUCUGGGCCAACCCAGGGCCUAGGGCCGCGGUUCCUCACAUGACCGAUUCCUCCAGCUUCGGCGCCUCUCUCCAGUUCGCUCAUGGUGUGGCCACAGGGCAGAGGCAGAGCACCUCGCCGUUCUCGCCCCUGUUUCUGCAGUCGCCUGCAGCGAACAGCCAGCAGCAAUUUCCGUACGUUUCGCCGUUGCCUUCACCAGGUUCGCAGUUUCAGCUUUCUCAGUUAUUGGCGGGGUCACAGGUUCCAUUCUCGCCGGGGUCCUUCGUGCCGCUUUCGCCCUCUGAGCAAUUUCAAUUUGGACAGCUGCCUCCUCCUUCGCCUGGCUCUCUGUUCCCCCUGUCACCGGCUGCUCAGUUUCGGUUUUCUUCAUUUUAGAAGCAGCGUUCCUUGCAUCAUUUCUCUGAUACAUACUUUCAUUUCAUAAGUUUUCACAAUAUUCUCGCUGUAAAGAUUCGGUUCUCUGUUCCUCCUGUCACUGGCCGCUCAGUUUCGCGAUAUUCUCGAUGUAAAGAUCCGGUUCUCUGUUCGCUCCCUUUCGCUAUUCUUCAUUUUAGAAGCGGCCUUCCCCGCAUCAUUUCUCUGAUACAUACUUUCAUGUCAUUAAAUUUCACAAUAUUCUCGCUGUAAAGAUUCGGUUCUCUGUUCCUCCUGUCACCGGCUGCACACUUUCGCUGUUCUUCAUCUUAGAAGCGGCCCUGCAUGCAUCAUUUCUCUGAUACAUUCUUUCAUUUCGUAAAAUUCCACAAUAUUCUCGUUGUAAAGAUCCGGUUCUCUGUUCCUCCUGAGACCGGCUGCCACUUUCGCUGUUCUUCAUUUAAGAAGCAGCACUGCUUGCAUCAUUUCUCUGAUGCAUUCGUUCAUAUCAUAAAUUUUCACAAUAUUCUCGUUGUAAAGAUUCAGAAUAUCUGAUUCUCAUUUCCUGCUGCUCACUUUUGCAUUUCUUCAUUUUUAGAAACACUCCUCGAAUCAGUUUUCUCAUACAUUCUUUCUUGACAUAAAAUUUCACAAUAUUCUCGUUGUAAAGAUCCAUCCGGUUUCGUCCAUUUUCUUUUGGACACAGCGAUUCAGUGGCAUAAAUAUUCUCGUUGUAAAGAUCCGGUUUCUUCCAUUUCCUUUUGGACAUGACAAUUAAAUAGUAUAAAUAUUCUCGUUGCAAA